GCGAUAAAGAUUUGAAACCAAAUAUAUAGUAGAUAAUGGUUAUCCAUCAUGCAGGUAAUUAAUACUGUAGAAAGUGAUGGUGCAUGUUGCAUUACUUAUAUCUCUUCCUAUUUUAAUUACCUAAUUUCUCUAAAUUAAACCCUCCUCUCAUUUUACUCCGAACUUUUAUCAUUUUCUCUUUUCUUUUUGACAUUCAUAAUCUAGGGAUUUUUCUUUCUUUGAGGUUUGUUGAUUAAUUUAACGAGAGUAAAACAUUUCAAGAUUGAAUAUUUCCUCGUUCCCGGCUAGUUUGCUUUCGGCGAGUUUCGCUUCUUCAUAUAUAUUCAAGAGAAUACGCAUAAUUAACAAGGUAAGCAGAAAUCGUAUAUAUUGAUGUCGUUGGUGCAUGAUUAAAAUCUUUUUCUGGUUUUCGCGUUUCAAUGAUGACGACGGAAUCAUAAAAAUAUGACGAAUUAAUGAUUUUUUUUUCUUGUUUUGAAGGUGCAUGUGAAGUUGAUUGUUUGCAUUCCCAAUCGAUAAAUGGGAUGAUUGAUUGUUGCUUAAUGAAAUCGAAACGCAAAAGCAAUGGAGAUGAAUGAGAUAGAGAGGAACGAAGCAGGUGCAAGCGAGGCAGAGGUAGAGGUAGAGGACGUAGACAGUGAAUCCUCACAGUCACAGGCAAGAAGCUACAAAGAUAACUACAUAUACUCGUCCCAAUACCCCGGCGCAGUGCGGCGAAAGGCGUACAUAUUCGACGGCGACGGCAGCUACUACAACCAAGAAUGGAGCCUCAAGGAGGGCAAAGGCAAAGAAUUCUGUUGGUAUCACGUGGAGCUCCCAAAGGGGAAGCAGAAGCUCUCCCAGCUAGCACAGUACCUCAUCGACGUCCUCUGCCCCCCCUUGAAGCUCCAAGACAUCCUCUCCAUCGCCAGCAACGGCCCCUUCUGCGGCCACGUCGACGGCGCCCUCGUCUUCCGCGUUAACUCCCCCGGCCCCCCCUCCAGCAAUUUCUCCUUCCGCAUCGCAGCCAGGGUCACCGAGCACUCGGUCAUCACCGUCUCUUUAGGCCGGGUGCCCAGGUUAGGCUUCUCCCCCGCCAACGAAUCUCUGCUGUCCGAGAUUCCUGCUGUCGAAACCUCCGACAACAUCAGUAGCAAGGGCGGCAUGGUUAUUCGGGAGCACGUGUUGGAUUUCCUCCUCACCAUGAAUCACUCCGAGGAGGCCGACAACCCGGUGCCCAGGUCUGUGUCGAAUCUCGUCGUGCAUAUAAUCGACACGCACGUGGAUCACCUUCAGGAUACGGUGACGAAGCUGGAGAUGGAGCUCGACUCGCUCGAGUUGGAGCUGGACAGAGGUGGAUUCGCGUCGAAGCAGCAGAUGCUGGACGACAAGAAGUUCCCGAAAAUGCAUCUGGAUCUGCAGCGGCUCCUGCAGGUGAUCGCGCACAGCGAGCAGGUGUUCCCUCGGGUGAAGGAGAAGUGCUCGUGCAAGGACUGGUUCACGUACGAGGACAUAAUCGCGUUGGAGGAGCUGAUUGCGCUCAUCAGGAGUCUCAAGGAGAACGUGAGGUUUAUAGCCAACCGUGUGUCGGCGUUGCAGGCGGGGCUCGACAGCUGGCAGUCGGAGCAGAUAAACAGGAAGCUCUACUACCUCUCCUUCCUGUCCAUCAUAUUCCUGCCCCUCUCGAUAAUAACUGGAGUGUUUGGGAUGAACGUGGGCGGGGUGCCGUGGACGGGGCAGGAUGAUCCGGAGCUCAAGGAUGGAUUCCACAAUGUGGUGGUUAUCUGUGUGGUGAUGGUGGUGAUGGUGCUGCUCUGCUUCCUGUUUCCGGGGCUGUACAGCAACAUCGUGGGGUGGCAGAGGACGCGGACGUUGAGGAGAUGCCGCUCCAUCAACCAGAGAUCCUUCAUUAAGCCGCCGCAGAGGAGAGGAUACUCUCGGAUUUAAGCCUUGUUAGAUAGAGUAUGUGAUUGUGUUGUUCAACUCAGAGUAGUACUCUUGUUCAUCUUUGUAAAAAGAUUUAGGUUACAUUUAUUGAUCGGAAGGGCUGUAGAAGCAAAUCCUUUUGCUGCUAGUUUUUCACUUUUGAGUGAUCUGGAGGAUCUUGUUUUUCUGUAA